GUAAAAUUCCCUUAUCCUUCUUCUACUGCGUCGACAUCGGUUUACUUUCCCGAUAACAUUCUCUGCCGGCGAAUAAAGCUUCCGGCGAUACUUUGCCGAUCUCUUGAGCUCCAUGGUUUUGAAGCUGUUAGGAUUCUCUUUAUAUAGACGUGGAAUCUCUCUUGCUGUCUCCUCUUCCGUGAAGCUUCUGAGUACGGUCGCGCUUUCAGUAAACCCUAGCCAGAAUCUCGUAGAGCCAUUAGCGAAAUCAGAGCUCAAAGCUUUAGUUCUCAAGCAUUACUCCCAUGGCAAGUUCUUCAGUCUCGUCAAAAACGUCGUCGCUUUACCCUCCGUCCUCCUCACCGCCUGUCAGAAUCUGUCCCGUGCGGCGAACUCGGGCGAGUCAGCCUCCGAGUUCGCUGAGGGCGUCUCCAGGAGGUUCUCGAUCGAGGAAAUGGGUCAUGAGAUACGCGAGGAAAGGUUUGAUAUCCGCUCCUGCUGCGUCGAAUUCGUUUCGCCAAGAGGAAGGGGACAAGGUGAAUCUCUGGCUCUACCCAAUUUGAAAUUGAAAGUGUUCAUUGAAGCUAUUAGGAUGGUUCUUGAGGUUGUUUAUGAUGAUCGAUUUGUGACGUUUUCUUAUGGUGGGCGUGUUGGAAUGGGUAGGCAUACAGCGGUUAGGUACCUGAAGAACUCUGUGGAGAAUCCUCGUUGGUGGUUUCGUGUCUUUUUUACUCGUGAAAUGUUCAAGGAACGGAAUGUAGAUAACCUCUGUGCUUCUAUUGGGGAGAAAAUCAAUGAUAGUGUAUUGAUUGAGACGAUAAAGAGGUUGAUUGAGUGUGGAAUUCUGCGGAUUGAACUCGGUGGAUGCUAUCUUGGAAGAGGUUAUCCUCAAGAAUGUGGAUUGUGUUCGAUUUUGAUCAAUAUUUACUUCGACGGGAUUGAUAAAGAGAUUCAAGAGAUGAGGCUUGAGAUGAAACUGAAGAAUCCCAAUAUCGAUAUGGGUGAGCAGGAAUCAACAGCUAAUGUUUUCUAUAAGCCAGUGAAGAUUUAUGCAGUCAGAUACUUGGAUGAAAUACUAGUGAUAACAUCAGGAUCGAAAAUGCUGACUCUGGAUUUGAAGAAGCGGAUUUCGGACCUAUUGGAACAGAGAUUGGAACUGAAAGUAGAUAGAGUGAAAACAGUGAUUCACAGUGCAGUGUCUGAGGAGAUAAAUUUCUUAGGAAUGGAUCUUCAGGCUGUUCCACCAUCUGUUUUGAGACCACCAAUGUCUGAGAAGGCUAUUCGGGCAAGGAAGAAGUAUGUCAGGCAGAAGGAAGUUAGAGCCUUGGAGUUGAGAAAUGCUCGGGAGAGGAACCGGAAGGAAUUGGGCUUGAAAAUAUUCAGACAUGUACUGAAGAAACUCAAGCAGAGCAAUGGGUUUAAAUCUGAAUUUCGAAUAGAGAAUGAGGUGAGGGUUAUCUUCAGAACUUGGGCAGAUGAAGUCGUGAAAGAGUUCUUGGGGUCAUUGGAAGAUAGAUGGCAGUGGCACCGAUUGCUCACUAGAGGAGAUUUUCUCUCAUUGAGACACAUAAGAGAUAAAUUGCCAAAAGAUCUGAUCGAUGCUUAUGAUGAAUUUCAAGAACAGGUGAACAAACAUUUGGCACCGACCAAAGCUAAAAAGGCAUUGGAGGAUGAAGAGAGGAGAAUAGAAGAAGAGGAAGAACAGAGAUAUGCCGAGAGGACCGUCGAAGACUUGACAAAGCUAUGCAUGAAGCUCGCAGCUCCGAUAGAACUUGUCAGGAAGGCUAUUAGGUUAGUCGGGUUCACGAACAACAUGGGCCGGCCACGGCCAAUCAGCCAUCUUGUCGUUCUUGAAGAUUCCGAAAUCAUCAAAUGGUACGCGGGAAUCGGGAGAAGAUGGCUUGAUUUCUUCUGUUGUUGCCACAAUUUCAAGAUGAUGAAAAUAAUCGUAAGCUACCACAUGAGGUUCUCCUGUAUUUUGACAUUAGCAGAGAAACACGAAUCGACUAAACGUGAAGCUAUUAAGCACUACACAAAGGAUCUGAAAUCGUUGGAUCUGGACGGGAAUGAAGAGAUGCAUUUCCCGAGAGAAAGGGAGGUGAAAAUGAUGGGAGAUAAGAAUCUCUCGGACCCGAAACCUGUGGAUGGAGCCUUGUCUUUGGUUUUGAUAAGGCUAGCAUCUGAUGAACCAUUCCAUUCUUGUGCUGCUGAUUUCUGUGAGGGAUCUGAUACCAUUGUAUACCGUAUUCAUCUACUGCAAAACCAUUUAGAUAUUAACCCACUGGAUGAAGAGAAGUGGGUCAGUGGCAUGGGAGCAAUUCACUCGGCUUUGAAUCGGAAAUGCCUCCCUCUUUGUUCCAAUCACAUUAGCGAUCUUUACUUGGGGAAAAUGACUCUUCAGGAUGUGAACGGUAGUUCAUUCAUCGAUAUGAAGUGAUAGUUAUGACUGUUAUCUUCUCCUAGUAGUUAUUACGUGAUGAUCUUCUCCUAGUAAUCUUCUCUCUGUUGCUGAAACCAGGUAAGAUAUUGUUCCUUGAUUGAUUUCCUUUCACGUAAGUGCUUUGAAUUCAAAGUUGAUUACCAGAACAUGAGUUUUUCUUCUCAAUGUCGCUCUGAUGGCUCUGAAUGAUAUUUCGACGGAGGCAUUACCUAACUCGCAUGAUCUAUCAUCGUUCAAACAGCAUAAACCUGGAGGUUCUGGGAAGUAGAGAAUGAAGAUUUGAAACAGUAGUUGCAGCAAAAAAAAGGUUGCAAAAGAGAAGAUCGGGAUGAAUUUUCCGAUAUGGGUUUUCUUCGAAAUAUUGUUCUAAUGCCUCUGAAUGAUAUUUCGACGGAGGCAUUACCUUAACGGUCAUGAUUGAUGAUCUUUCAAACAGCAUAAACCUGGAAUUAUGUCUGGGGAGUGGAGAAUGAAGAUUUGAACAUCAGUUGCAGUAAAAAAAGGUUGCAAGAGAGAAGAAGAUUGUGAUGUAACCGUAUAGAUGAAGAUUCAGUCGCAGUGUGGUCGGUGGAACAUUUCUAUAAGCGGAAAGACGAUACUCUUCUCCCGUUGAUGUCCGGUUGGCAAAAACGCUAUAAAGGAAAAGUGUUCCCAGUGAUAGUUUUGUUUUACACUUGAAACCAAACUCAAAUCUCUUGCAGGAUUUGAUCUGGGUACUAAUUUUGGUACAGUGUAAUAAUUAAUUUCAAAUACUAUUAAUCAUUAAUAGCAAUAUAUAUAAUAAUAUCAA